AUGGCUCCCAAUGCCACAAAUUCAAAUCUUCCCGCAAGAGACGGAGCUCUCGUCGGCGGAGAUGAAAGCCAGGAGAGUCAAGACCUAUUAAUAAAGCACAUGCUAGAACAUGGCUUAGGUGUGACGAGUAUUGCUUCUGUACCUGUUGAUCCUUUUUAUCAAUCGAAGAGAGAUACCACGGGAUUGAGCAUAGAGCCAUCCACAGCAGAUAAAUCGCAUUCGGUGAAUGGGCAAGAUGGAGGGCUAAGAUCCGCUAAGCAACCACAGAACGCGUCAAACACGCUCGUUACCGGCGCCGCGAGCGACUCUGCGAAGCAAUCAAUCCAACCGCGAUUCAAAACUUCGUCGCGCCCACUCUCGAACUCUGAAGCGAACGUUGCCUUGGCUCCGACUCAACCGAUCCCCGACAAUGCUGUUUCUGCAAUCGAGGGGCUAAGUCAGUCGACUAGAAACAAUCCUCUGCCCAUACCUCCACGGUGGCAAAGACCACACAAAAUAAAAGACAAAAUGUCUUCAGACUCGCCAACUCAAUCGAACGAUGGUCGCAGUUAUGAGCAAUAUUCUACCAAUGACAAUUCACAGCUAGAUUCGUCGCCGCAAGCGAGUAGCGUCCACGAACCCGAACAUCCUACUCUCCACGAACAUGAUAUGGGUUUCUUGAACUUUAAGCGCGAUAUUGAUAUACCGGAUACACUACCAGAGGACACGGAAGUCAAUUUCGCUGGUGGUAUACUCAGGAGAUCGAGCGCAGUGUCGCAAGUGCCUGGGGAAAGUAGUUAUCAUGUCGCACCUCCCGAGACACCUGCGAUAGCGCAGAGAUUAUUUGGUGGGAAAGGCGCACCAUUAAUGCCAGCAUCGCAGAUGUUCGGACAGACGCCCUGGACAUCGACAGUUAAGAGAGCCAGUCCUACGUCGUCACGUCCGUCACCCGAUGUCUUUAACCAGAACACAAUAUCGCCAAACCCCAUCGUAUCGUCUCCGUUAAAGAAUAAAGGACUUAGAACCUCGCCCACUAACGCUUUUACGUCAAGUCCCGGAUUUCCUAGAACAUCAUCUAGACCUUCGGGCGACGAAACACCAUUGGUACCUACGAAUAGUCAUGAGGAUGAGAGGCGAAAUCAAAGAAGCGUUGCUGAAACCCCGCUCCCCCGAUUCGAAGGCCCCAAACGCAAGAACUUUCCAGAACCAAUUGGCGAGUAUAAGCCUUUGCGAAAGCAAAGUUUGGAAACAAAUGCUACUAAGUCCCCAAAACAGAGCGAUGAAGAACAAGAUUCCGAUUCCGAAGUUGAUACAGCCGCCUAUCGUCGACGCCUAGCCAAAUUAAAGCAGGAGAAAGCUAGCAAAUCCUUUCCAUCUAUUAGCCUCCCUCGGUCGAACUCGAACAAAGAUGACAAUGUGGAGGUACCGUCAACUAAUCGGACGAGGUCUGCUCUAGGUCGAAACAGAACAGAUUCGGGGCAGUAUUUGGCGCAAUGCUACGGCAAGACAGCGAUCGAUAAGAGCGGAUCGCAGGAGACCGUUGCAGAUUCUCAAGAAGCCGCAGUACCACCACAACAACAGGGUGAUAAACCAACAGCAUCAGAUAAUUCGAACGGAAGGGAGGCUGAUAAUACCGAAGCAUCUCCCACUACUGAUCUUCCGGAGCCUGGAGCGCCUGUAUGCAACGUGGAAUAUAGGGAGACUAUCCCUGAAACCAGUCCUCCGAGCACGGAUAUAGGCCCACCUAAAUUAAUUGGUGAUAUAAUGAAACAAUACUCUAGUAUUAGGUCUGAGAUGGAAGCAGUGUCAUUCCCAGUCUUAUCAGGUGGUACAGAUCCUGAACAACCGAAACAGCCAACCGAACCAAGAUCUUCAAGUGCUCCAGAACCAUUUUCAUCGAUUCCCGCAAAUCGAAAAUCUCGACCUAGCCGAGGUCGACCAUUGGAGUCUUCACCCUCUAUAGUUCUAGCGUCCUCCCCACGGAGCGCAAGUCGCCGUUCGGUGAGGCUCGGGAAUAUAGUCACACCAUCAUCGACUGGGCAUGAUCCACCUCUUCCGUCAGACGUUGGGACAGGAACAUCGACAUUGUCAUCUCUGUCAGCAACGCCAAGCGUGACUUCUAGCAUCACACCAAGUACAGAUCUUGGUCGUACGUCCGAAGCCAACAGGAGCCGCAGUUCAUCUCCAGCUGUGGCAAAUAUACAGCGUCGAGGAAGGCUUGCAUCAUCCGUUUCAGGACCUCCAUCUUCUCUCCCCCAAAUCAGGACCUAUUCUCGUUCUCGAGAGAGUACCAAAAGAACGACACGCCAUAGUUCCUUAUCAACCGAUGAAUUAGCUAAGUCACCAUUAUCUGCGACUGCUAUAGAUGAGCGGAAGCCACCUACCCGCAAGACGGCAAGACAAUCCGCUGCCAAGCGACAUCUGCUUCGUGAGUCUGCAGUUAAUCAUGGGAUCUUCAAGGGAAUGGUAUUUGCUCUCUCAUUUAAAGAUGAACAGAAUCGAAAGAACAAAGAGAAACAUGCUGAUAGAUAUUCUAUUGAACGCAUGAUUCUCCGGGAAGGCGGCAAGAUCCUUUCCGAUGGUUUUCAUGAACUCUUCAAAUUCGAUUCAUUUCAACCCACGACGAACCCGUCUACUGCUAAUACUGUGUCCAGUUCAUUGACACUGCUUAAUCAAAAUGCUGGGUUCACAGCUUUAAUAGCUGAUGAGCAUUCUCGGAAAACGAAGUAUAUGCAGGCUCUUGCACUCGGCAUCCCGUGCCUAGCACCCAAGUGGAUAAUGAACUGCGUAUCUAAGAAUGAAAUCAUAGAUUGGUCCUCAUAUCUCCUAUGCGCGGGGCCAAGUGCGCUUUUGGGGGAGGCCAUCCGCUCGCGUACUCUGCAACCAUACGAUGCCUCUACGUCCAAGUUGGAGGAUGUGAUAAACAACAGGCCCAAGUUACUAGACAAAGCACGGAUUCUUCUUGUGAUGAAGAGCAAUAGGGGUGAAGAGAAGAGGCUGCCGUAUGUGUUCCUAGCGCAAAUUCUUGGCGGCUCGUUAGUACGGGUGAAUAGUCUCGAGGAAGCUAGGACUAAACUCCGUGAUGGCGAGUCCCAGGGCCAGCCCUUUGACUGGGUCUACGUUGAUGGUGACAAUCUUCUCAAGGCCCACAAUGUAUUAUUUGGCUCAACUGCAGGAAACGGAGCUUCCAAAAAGCGGAAGCGGCAGAGCGCAGGGACAGACGAAACCGACCGGCCGCCAAAGAGGAUUAGGACACUCAGCGACCAGCUAGUAAUCCAGAGCCUUAUUCUAGGGAGGCUGAUCGAAGAGGGGGAGAUGGAUGAGUAA